AUGGGCGGUUCUUCUCCUUGCGGCAAAUCUGUUCGCUCCGUCAAGGAUUACCGUCAACAGGUCGCGACUUCGCAGAGGUGGCCGACUAGGCCGCCAAAUCACCCUCCGAUAACCUUUUCGCCAGAUGACGCUGAGGGGAUUCACGUACCCCACAACGACCCUCUUCUUGUAGUCCUUGAAAUUGGGGAGUACGACGUCACCAAGGUCCUCAUCGAUACAAGAAGCUCCGUCGACCUCAUCUUCCGAGGAACUCUGAUGAAGAUGGGAGUCGACCUCGAUGACAUCAAACCAUCCUCCAAAACAUUAACCGGCUUCAACGGAUUCUCCGAAACAAUACUGGGAAUAAUCCGCCUUCCGGCCAUUCCAUCUACUUAUCACCAGUGUGUCAAGUUCCCCGGUACCGACGGAAAAAUCAAAACACUGCGAGGAGAUCAAAAAGCCGCUAGGGAACUCCUAGUCGCCACAGUUAAACUCCAACGAUCGUCUUUAUCGGUUAACUCCGUUAGUCCUCCAACCUAUAAAGCCUGCUCCCAGGAAGGCGAAGUUCUCGAGUUACCUAUUGACGAUACCGAUCCAAGCCGGACCGCAAGGAUUGGUGCGUAUCUGUCUGAAGAUAUGCAGCGGUUAGUUUUCAACUUUCUUAAGGCAAAUGUGUCCACAUUCGCGUGGUCCAUGUCAGACAUGAAAGGAAUUGAUCCGGCCAUAACAACUCACGAACUAAACGUCGAUCCGACAGUCAAGGGUAUCCGACAGAAGCGACGCAAGCUCGGUCCCGAUAGGUCAAAGGCUGUAAACGAAGAGGUCGACCGGUUGCUCGGCGCUGGCUCAAUUGCUGAGGUGCGCUACCCUGAGUGGUUAGCAAAUCUAGUACUUGUCAAAAAGAAAAACGGGAAGUGGCGCGUAUGCUUCGACUUCACAGACUUAAAUAAAGCCUACCCAAAGGACAGCUAUCCUCUUCCCAACAUCGACCAUUUAGUCGAGUCCACGAGUGGAAACGAGAUGCUCACCUUCAUGGACGCUUUCUCUGGGUACAACCAAAUCAUGAUGCACCCGACGAUCGCGAAAAAACGGCAUUUAUCACGGAUAGAGGAACCUACUGCUAUAAGGUCAUGCCAUUCGGUUUGAAGAACGCAUGAGCAACCUACCAACGGCUUGUGAACAAAAUGUUCGCAGACAAGCUAGGCGUCACCAUGGAAGUAUACAUCGAUGAUAUGCUUGUCAAGUCGUUACACGCCGCUGAUCACCUCUGUCACUUGCAAGAUUGCUUCGAAACUCUCAACAAAUACGGCAUUAAACUGAACCCAGCAAAGUGCACGUUCGGGGUUUCCUCAGGCGAGUUCCUUGGAUACAUAGUCACGCAGCGAGGAAUCGAAGCCAACCCGAAGCAGAUCUCCGCGGUCCUGAACCUCCCGAGCCCAAAAAACAGUAGAGAAGUACAACGGCUUACGGGUAGGAUUGCUGCACUCAACCGGUUCAUCUCUAGAUCCACCGACAAAUGCUUGCCAUUCUACGAUCUCUUGCGAGGUAACAAAAGGUUUAUCUGAGAUGAGAAAUGCGAGGAGGCAUUUACCCAACUUAAGCAUUAUCUGACAACACCACCCGUUCUCGCCAAGCCAGAUAUCGGCGACGUUCUAUAUCUUUACGUCGCAGUGUCACAAGCAGCAGUCAGUAGCGUUCUAAUAAAAGAGUACCGUGGUGGGCAAAAGCCAAUCUUCUAUACAAGCAGGCGCAUGACCGGACCAAAAACGCGAUAUCCAACUCUGGAGAAGAUGGCACUGGCGGUCGUCGAAGCGGCGAGAAAGCUUCGCCCUUACUUUCUGUCACAUUCGAUGGAAGUAUUAACCGACCAGCCCCUCUGAACAAUACUUCAAAAUACAAACAGGUUCGGAAGACUAACGAAGUGGGAUAUCGAACUCGGUGAGCUUGAUAUCACUUACAAGAACAGAACCGCAGCGAAAUCUCAGGUUCUUGCAGACUUCUUAAUCGAAUUGGCCCCGGAGUUGGAGGAAGAUCUCACACUCCCAAACCCAAACUGGACAUUGCAUGUCGAUGGAUCUUCGACUAACAGGGGCGCAGGUGCCGGAGUUCAAUUACAAUCCCCGACCGGCGAACUGAUCAGACAGUCUUUUAGCUUCGGCUUUCCAGCCUCGAACAACGAAGCAGAAUACGAAUCUUUGAUCGCUGGACUCCGCUUAGCAAAAGCUGUCAAGGCCAAUCGCCUAAGCGUCUACUGCGACUCGCAGUUAGUCGCCAAUCAGUUUAGUGGCGAUUACGACGCCCGCAACGAUCCGAUGGACGCCUACCUCAAGAUAGUACAGGGCUUAGCCGCAGAGUUCGAAUUCUUCGAACUCAUCAAAGUUCCCAGAGGAGAAAACGUGUGCGCCGACGCCCUUGCAGCCCUUGGAAGCAAGCUUCGAGACCAAGUUAAACGAACCAUUCCAAUACACCGCAUUGAGAAGCCGAGCAUUGAUAUCUCGACGGACCAAACCAUCGUCAUUGCUCCAGUCACCGAAACCGACACGCUCGUUACUGAUGAAUUCGGCCCCGACUGGCGAACUGAGUUCAUCGACUAUCUCUCAAAGGGGGAACUUCCAACCGAGAAAUGGGCAGCCCGCCGACUAAAAACACGCAGUGCCCAUUAUGCCGUCCUAGACAACGAACUCCAUCGAUGGACUGCGAGUAAAGUACUCCUCCAGAAUCCAACCCAACGAAUGUUGGACUUUUACCGGAGCACAUAGAUUUAAGACACAUCGAGAUGCAACACCGUCAUUAAUUCCAUAUCCCCAUUCCUUUCACGUUUUCACGUUCAUUGCAUCCUCCUUUCUUCGAGAUAGUGAAUCUGCAAUUAUAAAUGGCUUAGAUUGCAUCCAUGAAUUCAAUAUAUCAUUGCUCACAAUCAUAAAAUCACAAAACCAUUUUCACACGAAUUAUACCGACGACAUUCCGACGAACUUGUCCAGUUCAUCCAUGAAUUCCUACGGAGCGGAGCGGAUCACGUAUAUCCGCUCUGUGCCACCCCUAAUUGUACACCUACAUAAUCUUUAUACUGUAACUAAAAUAGACAGAGAAAAACACCGCAUAACAAUAAUUGUUUUGUAU